GGCGGAACUGGAACGCUGAAGACUACAAAACAGACAAGCCGUACGUCACCUUUCAAACUCCAGUGCAAGACAAGCGAUCAUGCCAAGUCAGACCUGAACAAGACUUCAAGUAUGCCCUCUGUACACGAGAAAAAGUUUUAGUUUAAGUGAACCAUGGAAAACUCGGGCAGGCCUUACCGGGCUAGGCAAGGCGGCUGGGAGAGGGGAGCAGCAGCAGCAGCAGCAGACAAGGCAGAAAGCUGGAGGAUCCAGGACCAGGGUCGAGGACAGAACUUCAGAUCAGAGGGAGGUCAGCAGGGCAAGAACCAGGGAGGGCCCUACCGGGCCAGUCCCAAGAAGGGAGGACUGGGGCCCAUGAGCUACUCCCCUGGUGGAUUCAGAGGUGGUCACAGCCCCUCGCAGAAGGAUGACCUCCGGUGGUUCUCAGGUCCUGAGAACAGUGGUGGGAGUCGAGAAGAUAACUGGAGAGAACGUUCGCAGCAGCACUGGAGGAGGAGCAACCAGGGAGAAGGUGCAAAGGAGGACAGUGAUGGCAGUGCUCAUACAUCAGGGAGAAGACGGAGAAACAGAAACAAGAAGAAAGCUUUUGCUGAAGAGAAUAGGGGCCUUGAAGAGUCCACACUCUCAGCCACAGAGCUGCGCAGCCUACGGCAGGCAGAGAAGCGGCUUAACAGAGAUGAGAUCUACUGCCUGAAGAAGAGGUCCCACAGCAACCCUGGUGCACUGUACACCUGUGCUCUGUGUGAUGUUCUCCUGGAAUCUGUGUCUGAUGCUUACAGGCAUAUCAGAGACAAACGGCACAAGAAGAAGGCCAGGGAGAGGCAAGAGCAGGUGAUGCUGACUGAGAUUCUGCCUCCUGGUCCAGAGCAGAUCAGUGCAGUGAGUGCUGCAUUAGAGGCUGUUGUCAAAGAACAUGGGCUGAAUGACCAGGAUGUUGAGAGGAGACAAUGUGUUGUCUCCAUCAUGCAAGACCUCCUUCUGUCCGUCCUGCCUGAGAUCAGGCUCAGGCUAUAUGGAUCAUCUUGCACUAAGUUUGGAUUUAAGGAUUCUGAUGUCAACAUUGACAUUCAGUAUCCACCUCAUAUGCAUCAGCCAGACGUCUUGUUGUUGGUCAAGGAGAGCCUCUCUAUGAGCCCUCUCUACGUUGAGCUGGAAGCUGAUUUUCAUGCCAGGGUGCCUGUGGUCAUCUGCAAAGAGGAAAAGAGUGGCCUGAUCUGCAAAGUGAGUGCAGGGAAUGAAAACGCAUUCCAAACCACCUCCUAUCUUUCUGCUUUAUCCAGCUGUGAGCAUCUCCUCCUCCCACUGGUUUUGGGCCUCAGACGCUGGGCCCAGAUCUGUGUGAUCGACCGUGCAGAAGAAGGUGGGCUGCCACCGUAUGUCUUUGCCCUCAUGGUUAUCUACUUCUUACAGCAGCGCAAAGAGUCCCUCUUGCCUACCUACCUGAAACAAGAGAUUAAGGUGUUUUCACUCAGCAGGCUGUCAGACUUCAAUCUCAUGCAUGUAGAGGAUGGAUAUUUACACUGGGCUUACACCCCUUCCUCCAAAGAGUCAUCACAGCCAGCAGAGGGCUCCUGUAUAAAGGGAAAGGUUCCGCUGGUGUUUCAGAGCCCUCACCCACCUGUGGAAGUUGGGCUUCUCUGGGUUGAAAUGCUUCGCUUUUACUCACUGGAGUUCAACAUGGCUGACAAUGUGAUCAGUGUGCGGACCAGUGCUGUCCUCUCCAGAGAGAUGAAAGACUGGCCGAAGAAACGCAUUGCUGUGGAGGACCCAUUUGCAGUGAAGAGAAAUGUGGCCCGCACGUUGAACAGCCAGCAAAUGUACGAGUACAUCCUCCACUGCCUCAAAACCACAUACAAGUACUUUGCACUGCCACUCAACACACCAGCUGCUAGUCACAAGACAGAGGCACAGCGUGGACCCAUUAAAGGGGCAAAGGCUAAGGCUUUGAAUGAAGAUAUUGUGUCAGAUUUCAGUCAGCUCAGCAUUCACUCACAACAUGCAAAUCAACCUAAAGCUGUAGAAAAUGGUCCUGAAGACUCUGAUUGCAUUAUUGAAGAAGAGGAGGAAGUUGAAGACUACAGUGACUCCGAUGAAGAGAGAGAGAAGGAAAAAGUGGACCUGGGCAAAAGCAGUCUCUCUGAGGAUGAGGAGGAUGAGGAUGUAGACAUUGAUGUGGACACACAUGACAGACACCACUUGGACAGCUUCACCACAGAAGAUGAGGAGAUUUUCCCAGUGGAUGAGAUCUCAGGGGAGGAGCUUUUGUCUGAUGAGGAAGGUCCAGAUUUGGAUACACCUGGUUCAAUUGAUGAGGAAGAGGAGGUGGAGUUGGCACCUGUGAGCCUCUCACCUACAUCUUUAGAGGAUACAAUUAAAGAUGAAAGCCCAGAAAAUAAAAACCAAAAACAGAGGCAACUGUCCUAUGAGUUCACCAGGCAAGCUUUCACCAGAGGAAAAUCACACCUGGUCGUGUGCAGCUUGUGCAAGCGUGAUGGACAUCUGAAGAAAGACUGUCCGGAAGAUUUCAAGAAAGUGCAGCUGGAUCCUUUGCCGCCAAUAACGCCAGAGUUUCUCAGUGUCCUUGACAAAGUCUGUGAGCAGUGCUACACUGACUUCGCCCCAGAUGAACUGGAAGUGGGUGUAAGAGAGCACAUCCUUCAAGACCUGGAGAUCUUUGUCAGACGACAGUUUGCUGGAGCUCAACUAAAACUAUUUGGAUCAUCCAAAAAUGGCUUUGGCUUCCGACAGAGUGACCUAGACAUCUGUAUGGUGCUGGAGGGGCGGGACACCAUAGAUGAUGUUGACUGCAUCAAUAUAAUUGAAAGCUUGGCAAGACUGAUGAGGAAACAUCCAGUUCUGAAGAACAUCCUGCCCAUCACUACAGCAAAAGUACCCAUCGUGAAGUUCUACCAUGUUCGCACCGGCCUGGAGGGAGACAUUAGCCUCUACAACACUCUGGCCCUGCACAACACACACCUGCUAGCUUCGUAUGCUGCCAUUGACAGGAGAGUGAAGAUCCUCUGUUACGUCAUGAAGGUUUUUGCCAAGAUGUGUGAUAUUGGGGAUGCUUCACGUGGCAGCCUCUCGUCCUACGCUUACACCCUCAUGGUGCUGUUCUUUCUCCAGCAGAGAAACCCACCAGUUAUCCCUGUGCUGCAGGAGAUUUAUGAUGGAAAGAAGCCAGAGGUGCUAGUUGAUGGCUGGAACGUGUACUUCUUUAAUGACUUAAAAACGCUGCCCAGUCGCUGGCCACAGUAUGGGAAGAACACUGAGACGGUGGGGGAGCUGUGGCUUGGCCUGCUCCGCUUCUAUACCGAGGACUUCGACUUCAGAGAGCAUGUUGUCUGUAUCCGUCAGCACAGCCGCCUCACCACCUUCAACAAGCAGUGGACGUCCAAAUACAUCGUCAUUGAAGAUCCGUUUGACCUGAAUCAUAAUCUCGGUGCUGGUCUGUCCAGGAAAAUGACUAACUUCAUCAUGAAGGCUUUCAUCAAUGGCAGAACAGUGUUUGGCACACCAGUCAAAGCUUUUCCUCCCGUGUACCCCAGUCAGAUGGAGUAUUUCUUUGAUCCUGAAGUUCUCACUGAGGGAGAAGUUGCUCCCAAUGACCGCUGCUGCCGCAUCUGUGGCAAGAUCGGCCACUUCAUGAAAGACUGCCCCUUGCGUAAGAAGUCCAAGCAUAGAAGGGACUCGGAGAGAAGGCCGGAGCACCUGCGAGACAAAAUGGAUACAGCGGAGGACGGCAAGGAUCAGGUCAAGUACAAGACUGAGCACUGGAGGAAAAGAGAUGCACUGGAGAUGCGCUGCUGCUACUUGUGUGGAUCAAGUGCCCACAUCAAAAGGGACUGUCAGCUGUACCGAAGCCCUGCAGGUAAUGUGAAGAUGGAAAGCUUUUCUUCCCCCUCUUCAGCCCACUUGAGGAAUUUGAGAGAAAAGGAGAAACAGAGUUCACCCAUACAAGAAGAGAAGAAGAAGAGAAAGCAACAAAAUGUGAUAUUAAGUCCACAAGCAGGUAGUAUAACCUGCCGAAAUUUGGGUCGCUCUGGUCACAGGAAGAGCCCAGUGGAAUAAGCAGCAGCUGUGGCUACACAAAAUCACAAAGUUCUACUCUUGUCCAGGCAGACAGCAACCCAAAGUCCAGAGAUCCUUAAAUCCGAAUGGGACUUCUGGGCCAAUGGGAGCCCGUUAAAGCCAAAGCCAGGACGCCUUGACUUGAAGCCAAAUAGGGCCUUUUUAUGUGUGUGUGUCCCCCGCCCCUCCAAAGUGCUCCUCCUCAGAGGAGCUUUUUAAAGCUUUUUUUCAUUUUAACAAGACAAGCCAUUAUGCAUGCACCUCAUGUCUUUGUUUACCUACACUGCCAGUCAAGUUGUUUUAAAUUCAUUACAUUUCAAGCAAUGCCAUUACAGAUUCAGUGUGAAAUCAAAAAAUGUGUCUGUUACAAGACUAACAGUAAAUAGCUUAGUGAUCACCAUAAUAAGGUAUCUUUUGCAGGCAACAUACUAUAUAUUUGUCUUUAUACUUGAUGUUAACACUCUUCGACACUGCAUAGGCACAACUGUCCUUACAGUAAGGUAAGACCUAGUGUUUGUAUAAACACUAACACGGCUUUAAGACGAAUGGACAUGGCGAUGGCAUGUUAUGUUGUCUGCUACUGAAAGUGACUUGAGAUGUGUUAAAAUCAAGGUCAAAGCCAUUUCAAAUUAAACCAAAAAGUCACUUAUCAGUUAACUUAUUCCUUAUUUUAUAAUUACAAGGUUUUUAGGAUGAAUUCACAAUUAUGUUUGAGAUUUUACCCAAAAAAAUUACAAUGUAGGUUGUCCAAAAACUUUUGAAUGGCAGUGUAUUUUUCAUAAUGGCCAGGAUCUUUUUUUAAUAGAAUUUCUUUUAAAUCCUGUUUAAUUUGUCCUCUGCACUGACGUCCCAUCAGUCCAUCUCUCCUUCAGGCUUGAAAGCAGCUCUACCUACAGUAUGUCUCUGUGUGUUUGUGUCUCUGUGUUAGAGAAACCACCCUGUAGAUAUCUUUCCAGGAUCAGUUUUAUUUUUUGAGACUGCUGAUCUACCCCUAUUUCAUAGAUACAUACUGCCUUUAAAUGUGAACGGUAGGACAGUAAAACUGAACUGAACCGCUAACCCUGGCCCAUAUCUGUUUCCACACAUUCUAGGAAGGGUCAUAACUAUAUUGCAAGAAUAUAUAGUUGAGAAAGUUGAGCAAAAUGUUUCAUGCUUGCACUCAGUGGUAAGGUUUUGGAAAAAAAAAACAAUCAUCUGGUCCAGCUGAUUGCAUACACUGCUGCAAACACUGUUGGCUUAUUCGUAAAUUAGAGGUAAUCUCAGUUCAAUGGAGAGAUAAAUAUAUUUAUUUGCCACAAAGGUUUCAUUUUGUUGUAAUGGUGCCACAGAUUGGUAGCUGCACUGUGAGGGUCCACACCCUUAAAUUAUGUUGCUGCUAGUUGUCAUAAAGACCUGCUUAUCAACUUCAUAUAUGGACUGUCUGGCUUUAUUGUUGUCCUAAUAUGGCUGAAUUUUAUAAAAACAAAUGUAGUGUUGAUGGUAUUGUAAUCAGAUUUCUCAUUUUAAAGUAGCUUUGUUUUAAUGCCAGCCUUAUUGCAUAUCUUUUUUGUUGGACUCAAAUGGGAGGUUUAGUUUGUUAUUAAGGAACCCCGAUCCUGCCAGGAAAGGUUGUGCUGCAAUCCAUUUUGUGUCUCAAAGAAUUCAUUAAACAGAAAUCAAACACCA